AUGUUUUGUUAUUAUUUAGAAGAUGAAGACGCUUUGCCGGCCGCUGAAGAUUUUAAUUUUUUUCCCAGACCGAACUCAAUUUUCUUCCAUGAAACGUCAUGUAGAGGGAAUCUAACACCAAGACAGGCUUGUUCAAUAGAAUCAGCAGCUAGAGCAAAUCCUGAACAAGAGAUUUACGUGUUAUUCAGCGCUCCAGUCAACGAGCAUGUAUUAACGAGCAGCAACCUCGUCCAGCUGAAAUCAUUUGCGAACAUAAAAGUGGCUAGAGUACAUAUAGAAAAAUACGCUGAAAGAACGCCUUUAGAGGAAAUGGUUAAGAACAAGCCUUUCGAGGCAAGUCAGUGGUGGAUCGAGCAUACGUCUGAUGUGUUGAGGUGUCUGACGUUAUACAAAUGGGGAGGAGUAUACCUUGACACGGAUAUAUUAGUGGCCAAGUCACUUGCACCUCUCGGCCAUAACUGGGCAGUGAAGGAAGACAGUAAUGUAGUGAAUGCUGCAGCCAUUGCAAUAUCUACGGAUCACUUUGGUCGAAGAUUAGCUGAUGCAUUCAUAAAUGAAUUGAAGAUUACGUACAGGCCAGACCUUUGGGCACACAAUGGUCCAGGGGCCAUAACGAGGGUACUACACCAGCUGUGCGACACUCACCAUAUGGCGGAAUGGUCUCCUACCACUUGCGGAGGACUGGAUGUUUACGGACCAGAGUAUUUCUUCCCGAUUCAUUACUCCGAUCACAAGGUCUACUUCCAGCCAGGAGAACUGCAGGAAGAAGAUAAGAACGCGUAUGCUUACCACCUCUGGAAUAAACUUACAUAUAAUUUGACAGCAGAAAAAGGGUCACCUUUAAUGAAAAUGGCCGAAAAGUUUUGUCCCACAAUAUUUCAAACGUAUGGUGCUGAACUUUAA